ACGCUUUUCCUUUAAAACCACCAUCAUGUUCUCCAGUUCCUACAGACAAAUAUGCCUCUCCCAGGGACCUUCAAUCCUUUUGAUACGCACCCAUUCACGAACUACACGUCUUCAUCACCUCUCGCGAUGAAUUCACCCCCCUCGGCGCUACCAACCCCGACGCCAACGCGACCUAUGCCUGUCGCGAAAUCAGCCCAACAACCCAUCUUCGUACUCUUCCGUCAGGGUGCUGCAACCCCAGACCUCGAUGACAUACUCAAGAAAAAGCCAGGCGCUUCUCCACCUUCAUCCAUGUCAUCGUCACCAUCCAAAACGAGUCGAUAGACCUUUGGGUCCGGUCUACCGCGUAUCCAUUAUUUCUUUAACGACUUUGGGAACACUUGUAUCACCCUUAUCCAGGCCUACGCGCUUGUAUUUGCACUAACUAUCGAUUAAGUCAACUAUACCCCCUGUGUGUAUUUCUGCUCUCCAUUUUACUGAGGUCCUAUGAUCAUGUCUAUUCGCUUUCUGAGGGCCCAGAAGCUGGUCAGAGGUUUCUUCCGCUCCUCACAAUUGGUCGUUCAUCUGUUCGGAGAAACCUCCGUGUGCUCUUUUGUGAACCGAGGGAGUUGCUGCCCUUGUUUGGUUCUUGGACAACAGUCUAAACGGCCGAGCAGCAGCGCGAGAUAUCAUGACUGAAAAAGGACCAGCGACAAUCCCUUCGGCACGACAGACGGUCUAGAUCUCGUUGCUCUUUUCUUG